AUGAGAUUUCUGCCCCUUCAGCUCAGCCUCCUUCCUGCCUUCCGGGCUUUGGCCCCUCAGGCAUCAUGGCCGCCAUGGCCGCAGCUGAGGCGUCAGGGCGUGGCCGCUUCCGGUGGGAGCCGGAAGUGCGGUCUCGGCGGCUGCAGCCUCCCUGUGGAGAGCCUGUGGCGGGCGCCGUCGGCCAUGGAGCGGUCGCUGCGUUCGGUGUUCGUGGGCAACAUUCCAUACGAGGCCACGGAGGAGCAGCUGAAGGCCAUCUUCUCGGAGGUGGGCAGCGUGCUGAGCUUCCGGCUGGUGUGCGACCGCGAGACGGGCAAGCCCAAGGGCUACGGCUUCUGCGAGUACGGCGACCCGGCCACGGCGCUGAGGGCCAUGCGCGGCCUGAACGGGCGCGAGUGCUGCGGCCGCGCGCUGCGGGUGGACAGCGCGUCUGUGGAGAGGAGCAAGGACGAGCUGCGGGCCGGCCCGGGCCCCGCGGCGCCCACUACCGCAGCCGCCGCCACCGACUCGCCCUACGGCGCCCCCGUGGACCCCGAGGACGCCCCCGAGUGCAUCGCGCGGGCCGUGGCCAGCCUGCCCCCCGAACAGAUGCUGGAGCUGAUGCAGCAGAUGAAGCUGUGCGUGCAGAACAGCAGCGCCGAGGCGCGCAGCAUGCUGCUGCAGAACCCGCAGCUGGCCUACGCGCUGCUGCAGGCGCAGGUGCUCAUGGGCUUCAUGGAGCCCGACGUCGCGCUCAGCCUCCUGCACCGCAAGACCCGCGUGGCCCCGCUGCUCCCGGGCAAAGCCCAGGCCGGCUCUGUGGCCGGACCGGAGCCUGGACCGGGCCACGGCCCGAACGUUCUGCCGAGCGAGCAGAAGCCUCCCGCCCCGACUCAGCCACAGCCACCUUCGGCCAAGAGACCUGCAAAAGACGUUCCACAGCUGAGGCAGACCCCGAAGGCGGAGGAAAUUCCGGCCCCCGGGCCAAUACCGACUGCUGCCCCCAGACCCGGGCCGGGUCCCCUAAAUCCCGGUGGGGCGAAGCAGCCCCAAACUGGGGUGCCGGGUGUUAGGCCGGUGCUUUUGGAGCAGAGUCAAGUGCAGAUGGAAGAUCCUCGAGUUUCCCUACCGCGUGCGCCCGUGAGUGCUGGUGGCCGCUCUCCUCGAGGACUCUUAGGAGAUGCACCAAGUGACCCACGUAGGGGGACUUUGCUUUCGGUCACCAGAGAAGUAGAGCCCAGAGGCUACCUGGGCCCACCACAUCAGGGGCCCCGCGUGCACCUUGCCUCUGGCCAUGAUGCCCGUGGCCCCUCCGAACGCGAGAUGAGAGAUGGGCCGCUGGCGGAGCCCAGACUGCACCUUGGGGACCCCCGAGGACCCACGAUGGAUCAAAGAGGCCUCCCUAUGAAUGGCAGAGCUGGGAGAGAGGCUCGAGCUGUGGAGACACGCGUGAUGGAGAGAAGAGGAACAGAGGCCUGUGUGAAGGAAACCAGAGGAAUGGAAGCAAGAGGAAUGCAUGCGAGAGGAAUGAUAAGGGGCCAUGGCCCUAGUUCAAGAGGCCCCAUGACUGGUGCAGUUCAGGGCCCUGGGCCCAUUAGUAUGGGGGCUGGUGGUCCUCAGCGACCCAGGGAGGUCCCAGUUAUUUCAGGGUUGGGAAAUUCUGGAGCUCUUGUGCAGGGAGGAGGUAUGCAGGGGGCAGGCGUGCAGGGAGCAGGUAAACAAGGUGGAGCUAGUAAGCAAGUUAGAGGCCAGCCUAGCAGCUUUAGCUCUGGGCAGAGCCAGGUAACUCCACGGGAUCGAGAAAAGGCAGCUUUGAUCAUGCAGCUUCUCCAGCUAACUGCAGCUCAGAUGGCCACACUGCCUGCAGAGCAAAGGCAGAGUAUCCUGAUUUUAAAGGAGCAAAUCCAGAAGUUCACUGGAGCUUCUUGA